AUGGGCAGCAGGAGUGAGCUGCAACACCUGUCGCCUUGUGCUUCAGUUGCAACAGCGCUAAAUGACGACAGUGACGACGAUGAUAUCCAUAAUGAUGACCAUGAUAGUGAGGACGGAAAAAGGACAGCUUCACACACGCAAAGCACUAGAUUAUCGAGCAAGCGAGAAAGCCCAAAGGUAGUUUUGGGAAGAAGCAGGACGAAAGCAGUUCAGCACUUUCUCCUGUUCCAUGUUAUCCCGAUCGCCGGAGCCGUGGGCCUCAUCGUCUUGAAUAUAACUACGAAAUUCUAUACCGGAGACCCGGCUUGGAUACCACUCCUGCAGUUCAUUGCAAAAGUGCACGAAUCGCUAAUUGUGCUUUCAAUUGUCGUUGCCAUGCUCACAUACCUCCAAUAUCUCCUCAUUCAUAGACAAGCGGUGCCCUUCGGAUCAAUCUUCUUUGCCCAUCAAAUGACCCAUAUGGGCUAUCUCUUUUCCCCGGAAUUUCGGGCCACCUUGACGGCACCCGAAUUCCCACUAUCUAUGAAGGUUGUCUUUGCAAUUGCGGUCAUUUUCAGUAUUCUAUUGGCCUCUGUUGUUGGGCCUUCAAGUGCCAUUGCAAUGCAGCCAAGAAUGGCAAACUACUCACUACCAGAUUGGAGCGGGUUUGGUGUCAAUGCUUCCAGCGACUACCUAUUUCCGAAGGUGCUCAAGAAUGAUAACCCCCCCCUAUAA